ACUGAGCGCGUAACACUCGAAGAGGGAGCGUGCGGGCUGGUGGGCCGUGAGGGGUGCAGUCAAGGCCUCCAGUCCAGUCCGGACCGGAACCGAAGGAACCGGAUGGACCCCCAAAGGGCGAGAACUUGCCUCCCGUAACGCGUGAGGGUCUGCAGAAGGAGCAGACUAGGAUACGCGCGUGCACACACACACACACACACACAAACACGCAUACACACACACGCGCGCGUCUGGAAGUGUGUUCCAGUGGUGGAGAGGAAGAUGAGGCGGCGGAACCGAGCUUUGAUGAUUCUCCUGAUGGGAACUUUGAGUGCAGGUCUUACGGCUGGCCACGCCCCCACUAGAGAAUGCCUCUACUACAACGUCAACUACGAGAUGGAGCAGACCAACCAGAGCGGCGUGGAGCGCUGCGAGGGCGACGUCGACAAGCGCUCGCACUGUUACGCCUCCUGGACCAACGAGUCGGGUGCCAUUGAGCUGGUGAAGAAAGGAUGCUGGCUUGACGACUUCAACUGCUACGACCGUGAGGAGUGCGUGUCCACCGAGGAGAGUCCUCAGGUCUUCUUCUGUUGCUGUGAGGGAAACAUGUGUAACCGCAAGUUCACACACCUGCCGGAUGCCGCCGCCCCACUCAUCCAGGCUCCGGUCCCAAGCAUCGGUGUGUUACAAGUCAUCUUUUACUGCCUGCUGCCCGUCACCAUGCUGUCAGUCAUUCUGCUCGCCACCGUUUGGAUGUACCACCACCGUAAACCUCCUUAUGGACACGUGGACAUCACAGAGGACCCGGUUCCUCCGCCUGCCUCCCCCAUGCCAGCGCUCAAGCCGCUGCAGUUGCUUGAGGUGAAAGCCAGGGGGCGUUUUGGCUGUGUCUGGAAGGCCCAAAUAAUGAACGACUUUGUGGCUGUCAAGGUGUUCCCUAUCCAGAACAAAAGGUCCUGGCAGAAUGAGCGAGAGGUGUUCACCACCGCAGGAAUGAAGCAUGAAAACAUUCUGAGGUUCAUCGGCGCCGAGCAGCGAGGGCGCCAUCUGGAGGCGGAACUGUGGCUCAUCACAGAGUUCCAUGAGCGGGGUUCGUUGUGCGAUUUCCUGAAGGCGAACGUCAUCAGUUGGUUGGAGUUGUGUCACAUCGGGGGGUCGAUGGCGUGCGGUCUGGCGUACCUGCACGAAGAUGUACCUCGAAUCAAAGGCGAAGGAGCCAAACCCGCCAUCGCCCACAGGGACUUCAAGAGCAAGAACAUCCUGUUGCGUUCAGACCUCACCGCCGUCAUCGGAGAUUUCGGCCUCGCCGUGCCCUUUGAGUCAGGAACGCCGCCCGGAGAGACGCACGGACAGGUGGGGACAUGGCGCUACAUGGCUCCUGAGGUUCUAGAAGGCGCCAUCAACUUCCAGCGGGACGCCUUUCUAAGGAUCGACAUGUACGCUUUGGGUCUAGUCCUGUGGGAGCUCCUGACACGCUGCAAAGCCGCCGAUGGCCCAGCAGGCGAGUACCUGCUGCCGUUUGAGGAGGAAGUGGGUCAGCAUCCGUCACUGGAGGACCUUCAGGAAGUUGUCGUCCACAAGAAGCUGAGGCCGGCCUUCAAAGACGUUUGGCUGAAACACAAUGGUCUCUACCAUGUGUGCGAGACAGUGUCGGAAUGUUGGGACCACGACGCUGAGGCCCGACUAUCGGCCGGCUGCGUCCACGAACGCAUGGGUCAAGUGAGUCGUCUCACUUGCGCCGUAGCCCCACCCACCUCAUCCUCCUCCUCGUUGUCGUCGUCUGUCCCUCCAGUUGCAAUGGUAACCAAUAUGGACCUCCCGGCCAAAGAGUCCACCAUGUGAGCAGCAACACUAGACACACAUACACCUGUUCAGGUCCGACUCAGUGAAUGAUCUCCAGGUACCUCAGCGUUUUCUUUUUUUUUUUCUCCUGUCUCUGACGUGGGUGUCUACAUGCAGCCUCGUUGCCUAGCAACCAGCACCAGCAACACCUCAGAGUGACAGUUCUAACUCUUAAACAGGAAGUGAUGUCACAGUGAUGCUGCAUUUACCUUUCGCCAAGCCCCGCCCCGCAGUUACAGUUGUUAGGCUCUUCAGAUGACACCAGGAAGUAAUGCACAAGAGAUAAAGAUGCCAAAUCAAAUGUAAACUAACACACAAAGGAAUCAGAGAACAACGUUAAAGCUUGGCAAGUCUCCAUUUACUUAAAAAAAUAUAACCUACUAUAUAUGAGACACGACAUUCAGUUGUAAAAAAGUUAGCCAACUAGCUAACACAUAACAAUAUGUACUAGCUAGUUUUACUCCACUUAGCUUCACAUCUUUACUCGUGAUUCGUCAGUUGACACCCGGAAGUAACGCACGAGAUAAAGAUGCCAAAACAAAUGUAAACUAACACACAAAGGAAUCAGAGAACAACGUUAAAGCUUGGCAAGGCUCAAUUUACUUUAAAAAAAAAAGAGUUAAAUAUACCUACUAUAUAUGAGACAGGACAUUCAGUUGUACAAAGCUAGCUAACGUUAGCCAACUAGCUAACACAUAACAAUAUGUACUAGCUAGUUUUACUCCAGUUAGCUCCACAUCUUUACUCGUGAUUCGUCAGUUGACACCCGGAAGUAAUGCACAAGCGAUAAAAAUGCCAAAACAAAUGUAAACUAACACACAAAAGGAGUCAAAGAACAACGUUAAAGCUUAGCUUGGCAAGUCUCCAUUUACUUUAAAAAAGUUAAAUAUACCUACUAUAUAUGAGACACGACAUUCAGUUGUAAAGCUAGCAAACGUUAGCUAACUAGCUAACACAUAACAUACUAGCUAGUUUUACUCCAGUUAGCUCCACAACUUUACUCUUUACUGUUUUCGGGAUAGUAAUUACAUUUCUUACCUUGGAAUGUUGAUUUUGGUGGGAUUUCACUGACAGCAAAAUAGCAAAAAAUAUAUAUACAAACCUGUAACACCGUCCAUUAAAUUAAAUCAAGCGCCGCCGGAACAGCCUAUUUGGUGCUCGUCUGGGAUUGGACAGGGAAAAUGUGGCUUCGUGAAAGGUCCAUUUUGACUGGUUGUAAAAGUCUGAAGUGGGCGGGGUCAUGCUACAUACAUAACGAUUGAUUGGCUGACAGCGACAAAACUUCUCAGGUAAACUCGGUGUGGAAGGCGGGGCUACCAGACUGUGAAAUAGGAGGGCGGGACUUAUCUGAGGGUGCUUAAAGCCUACUGGCUGUUUUUUCUAUAUAUAUAUACAUAUAUAUAUAAUAUACACACACACACACACACUGCCAUUGUGUUGUUCCUUCUUUUGACAACUCAUCAGUCAGGGUGAAAGGUUAAAGGUCAUCAGUCACCUGACCACUUUAUGUCUACCUCGUUUCCUCAUGUUUAACACUUAAAAGGGUCUGCUCCCACAGAACCAGGCCAACUCUUUGAAGAUUCCGAGAUAAAUACUGGACCGUGUUCCUUUUUAAUGUGCAUUUAUUAAAACACAACAAUGUGAACCUCAGUACAGCAGAAAUACCUCAGAUGAAUUUUGUACGUGUUAUUUAUUUUUGUUUUAAUUGAAAAGUGAUCCACACUGUAAAAAGUUAUAAUCCCUCUUCAUGCUCCUCUCCUGCUCCUUGUGUGUCGUCCUGAUCAAAACAUCACAAAAUCUGCAAUAAUAAUUUUUUUUUUUUUUUUUAGUAAAAUGACACACAAACAGGUUAUUUACCAGGUUGUGACCUCAUAAAAACUACGUGUGCUGCUAAUGUUUGAUGAAGCGUUCCCCCUCCACUGUCAUGUAGCAUGUAGCUUUGUUAGCAGUUAGGCAGUGACGGCAAAAACAAUACUGAUCUUGACGCAUACAAGUGCACCUCAUCACAUAGGGGCUUCCUGCAGCGCUGAUGACUACGGCAUGCAGACGGCCGCCAUCUUGGCGCUCAAAAACUCCAGAAUAUAUUACUGUUAUAAUGGAACGUUCAACAAUGUGCACUUCCUGUUGUAAAGUGGAUGUUUGUGAACUGAUGGACUGUGACGUAGAUGAUUCAUGUGGAAAGUAGGAGUUAUUACAUAUUUUUAAAUUGUACUUUUUAGAGAUGAAACAAAAAAAAACUUCGUAUUGUAUUAAAGUGUGAAUGUGUGUGUGCGUGUGCGUACUUCUCUUCCUCUACUCAGUGCCAACAUGAAUGUAGUUUUGUCACACACAAAAAUGGAACAAGGGAAAUGAAUUAUUUAGAUUUUUGUAUGUGGAUAUAAGUGAAUAAUAAAUUGUUGUGAUAUUUAAUGGUUGUGUUCUUCGCAUUUCAGUUGCAUUGUGGGUAAAAAAAAGGGCCGCCAGCAGCUUUCGAGAAGUGAAUGUGCACGACAA